CCGGAAGUACAACUUGAGGUCACGAAAGAAACAUGGCGGCCUCCCGCACACGGCUGCCCUUGCUGUUCCCUAAAAACCUGCCUCCGUUUAGAAACCAAAGGCUUUCCCACACAGAGGCUGCGGUUAAGGAGCCUGCGUAUCCCCCCAUCGUCACCUCUCUCACGGCUAAAAGUAAAUCCGCCCGGGUGCGACAGGCUCAGGAGCAGGUGAAGAAGAUAUGUGCCUCUCCGGUGGAGGAGAAGAUCCCCCUCAUCACUCGCAUCCAGCGAAAGAAAUUUGUCGUUUACCCUCAGACUUUCGCACGGAACGCAGACACAUGGUACCAGCACUUCACCAAGACCGCAAUUAUCCCUGGUCUACCGGAGAAAUUCACCCUGAGCCCGGAGAAGACGACCGGGGGUGAAGAAGGGGAGGAGAGCUCGCCGCCAGCCGCAGCUCAGACCACAGUACCGGGCAUUGAUAAUGAGGCGUUCGCGGACAUCCGCUCCUUGGUCACCCGUGUGAUUUUGAAGGAGCACUGGCACAUGAAGAAGCGGAAACUUUUCCUGUACAGAGAGCAGGAGCAGAGUGUUGGACCUUUACUGAGAAACCUGGUGACUGGACUCACCUUCAGUCUGGCCAAAUACAACCCACUGUUCCGCCUCUCCAGUCUGGAUAUUGAUCCCCAGGUAAACUUUUACUGGAGGAGAGGACAGAGAAUCAUCCCAAAGGGGCAUCGCAGACGCCACCUGGAGCCGACCAGGUUCCAGAUCGACGACCGCCCGCACAGUCAGAUCAGGAUUACCCAACAACUGCCACAGUUCACUCCGCUGGAGGCCUCGUACGCAGCAGAAAUCCCAGAGGUCACACUCGCUCCCAACCUGAUGCCUCUGUUCAGACGACAGUAUGACAACAACAUCUUUACAGGUGCCAAGCUACCAGACCCGGCAUGCUACGGUCACACUCAGUUCCACGUGGUGCCUGAUCGAUACCACAGAGACCGGAUGGCUCGGCUGCAGCAGUCCGAUCAGGUGGAGGUCUUCCUCAGAGCCAAUGGGCUCGCCAGCCUCUUCGCUUGGACGGGAGCUCAGGCCAUGUAUCAGGGUUUCUGGAACCACGAGGAUGUCACCAGGCCGUUCGUGUCCCAGGCUGUGAUCACAGACGGCCAUUUCUUCUCCUUCUUCUGCUACCAGCUCAACACAGUGGCCCUCUCUGUGGAGACGGACGCCAACAACCCCAGGAAGAACCUGCUGUGGGGCACAGAGAGCUUGCGGCUGUAUGAGAAAGUGCAGGACGGAGAAGUGGUGGGUCUGAACGACGGCGUCAUCAAGCUCCUGGUUCAGUUCCUCAUGAACCAGCCAUAGAGGAUCUUCAGGUUUCUGUCUUUGAAAUACAUCUCAUGGGAGAUAGUGUGUUAUCUGAGGCGUUGAAAGACGCAAGAAAUCAAGAGAAAGAGCCUUUGAAGAGCCCAACGUGGAGGACAUGAGGAGGUUUGUCAGAUUGUAUAAAAUGUAUUGUUCAAGAAAGCAGCUGUGGUAAACAGGCUUAUGGGUAUAACAACUUAAAGUACUGAAAAAUACACGUUAAUGAGUAUUAUUAUUAUUGUGCAUACUGUAUUUAUGCAAAAAUAAAAUCAUAUGUCUCAAAAUGA